AUGUCAGAUACUCAGAAUCUCGUACAGGGUAAGACCAAUUGGUCGUCCAUCUAUAUCGCGGCGGCCUUGAGCUUUGUUGGGGCCGUACAGUUCUCACUGUACUUCUCGGCGUUAUGGCCAUAUAUGAGGAUAGUAAGUUUUAUUUAGUAGUUUAAACGAUAUUAACUUCACUUUUGGAGGCUAAAAGAGAACCAAAACUUGAUUUUUAAGCUACAACACUCAAAAUGCCCUAGGGCUUAAAAUUUCAAGUUUAAAAAAUUACUUUUGAUGACAUUGUUUAGGCCAUAAAAUCUAUAAAACUUUAUAUAAUGGAAUAUACUAGAAUAGCUAUGAUCUUACUUUAUGUCGUAAAACAAAUGAUUUGCAGCUAGACAACGACAUAACCGAGAGUUUCUACGGCUGGACCGUGUUUGUAUACAGUUUCGGACAAGUACUAUCAGCACCAGCGUUCGGUUGGUGGAGUAACAUGAUCAAGAUGGUCAGACCACCUCUAUAUUGUGGUCUGAUACUCAUGUUUACCGGAAACUUUAUCUACAUCCUGAUGGAGGUGAUCUCUGGAGUUCCGAAAAGAUUCGUACUUAUGGUGUGUCGAUUCAUAAUUGGAAUGGGAUCAGGUAAGUAAGAGUAACAUAGCGCAUAUUAAUAUAAUGAUGACAGUUUUGAUUCAUAUUAGAAAUUUUAAUUUUUUUAUAAAACAACAUUUCAGAAUUAAAAACAUAUUUUUUAGGUAACGUAGCAACCUUACGAUCGUACGCUUCUACCGCAAGUUCAUUAGAAGACCGGUCGAAAGCCAUUGCUUUUGUUACGUGUGGUCAAGCCAUUGGUAUGACAAUGGGACCAGCCUUCCAGUUCAUCUUUACCCAACUAGAAUAUCCUGGUCCAGCUCCAUGGGGAUUAAGUCUGAACUUAUACACCACCCCAGCUUACCUAGCUUGUCUGAUGAAUGUUGGUGGUGCUUAUGCCUUGUACCAUUACUUUGAAGAAGUUUAUGCCAUCGAGUUGAUCGAAGAUGUAAGUUUGGGCUAUUUUUAUUUUUUAGGUAUGAUUAUGAGCCCUCAAUUAUCAUAUUUUAAUUUCAAACGUUAAUUUGAAGUUACUUUAAAAUGUCUUUUAGGACGAAGUAGAAGAAGAUGAAACAGAAACCAUGCAGCAAGCUCCCGCCAUCCCCAUGUACGAUAUCAUAGCUGUUCUAGUAUGUUAUGCCUCUCGAUUCACUGAUAUGUUUGUACGAACGAAUCUCGAGACACUAGGAUCACCUUACUCCAUGAUGAUGUUCUCUUUGGAUGAGGUCAGAUCUGUCAGGUAUUUGUCAAUGACUCAAGGCAUCAUUGGCGCUCUGACCUUUGCCACCUAUAUUGCUUAUAUCAACUUUGACAUGGAGAAGAUGUAAGUUCAUUUAAAGUCUGAACUUUUAUUAUCAAUACUGCUCUUAUUAGUAUAUUUUUAGCGGUGUUAUUAUCAUAUAUUCUAUAACCUUUAAAAUUUUAGUGUACCAAACCGACCCAGCUGUCUAAUCGCUCUUACCUUGAUGUUAUCCUUCCACCUGGUCACGUAUCCUUGGCAAUUCCUCAGCAAUUACGUUGAUCCUCUUAAUGGUACAACUGGCUGUGACACAAGUAGAUUUACUUGGUGUGACGAGCUUACUCAGGUCAAUAUCUACCUCUACUACGGCAGUUAUGUCAUCCUAAUUGGUACUGCCUUCCCUCUACUUACUAUAACAUUGACCACGUUAUUCUCCAAGAUCCUCGGCCCCAGACGUCAGGGCACCCAACAAGGCCUAUUCCAAGCUGCUAGUGCCAUUGGUCGCAUGAUAGCACCCGUAUCAGCGUCCGCACUAUACACAGGCUACGGUCCGCGAGCCGUGUGGAAGAUGGAGAUCGCUGUAGUUGGCGUCGUGCUAGGAGCAUGGUGCUUAUUCUACGGCCGGAUGGUGGAGAUGAAGAUCCCCAAGAAGGCAACGAAUCAAUGUUUCGGGUACGAAAACCCCCAGGCUAUUGAAGACGAAUCCACGAUGAGUCACGGGUAA